CUUCCAGGUUUCGCCACUGAUAUCAACAAUAAUGACGUUGAAAAUGGUAGCUUGAGCCGACUUGGGUCAAUUUGGAACUGGCUAGCUGUUCUAAUAAAGAAUGGAAAUGCGACGCGUCUCCAAGCUGCGGUCUAAACCGACAAACCCGCAACAACUGCCCAACCAGCAAAACGUCCGAGACGCUCUCGGCAGCCCCUCGACUAUGCACCGCCACCCGUGCGCUUCCCCAGCUUCUCGACCAAGCGCAUUUUCGGCCUCGAUAUCUCUCAAGUCCCCCACCCGCUUCUCAGCCCACGGCUUGCAUACCUCGUCCGUCCUCGUCGCCUCGAUGCAUUCUCGAUCCGCCGGCGGCCGAUCCAGCACCGGGCCAAGUCGCGGUGCUACCUCUGCUGCUCAGAGGCGGUCACCGCGGAGAGGCACUAACAAACGUCCUAUGCUUAUCGACGGGCCACCCGCGGCGGCAUCCCUCCAAGACAUCGCCCUGCUCGGCAUCGACGCUAUCGCCCGUCGCCACACGGGCAUCAGCCCGCCAGGCAGGUCCGCUGCUCGGGAUGUGGUCCAUGUCGACGAACUAAACGACAGGUUCGCAGACGACGAAGACAGCCGUCUGAACGGAAGCCCGGGUAGACGGCGCGUCUUCGCCGAGAUCAUGAAGCGGAAACUCAAAGCCUAUCACGGCGGUCGCGUUUGCCAUAAGUGCCACAGAUCCAAGACUCCCAGGUGGCGAAGAGGCCCUUCGGGGCCCAAGACGCUGUGCAAUGUUUGCGGCUUGCUAUAUGCCAAGCGCGAGUCGCGAAGACUCCGGGACUCGUGGCUCGUCAACGUCUCCAGGGGCCCCUGAGACCUCGUCUGUCGAUACACCAUCAAUGAUUAGGAAAGGGACAGAUUAAAAGAACGGAUCUAGUCAAGAAUCUCCUUUCACUACUGCCGCCACACCUCGCCUAUUCUCCGCGGGCUAUGCAGACCCCUCGGACUCCUCGGACUCCCUGGGCUCCAGGGGCCGUACGAGCCGUCAGGGCUCCUCGGAAUGUCCACUGCCAGGCUGUCCGCCCACCCGACUCGUCGCUCUUGGGUGCCGCCCUUGGUCUGCCGCCUUCUCCCUUCGUCGCCGGACUCGUCCUCGUCCUCGUCGCCCUUUGACCCUGGCUUCCGCAGCAAUAUCGGCUCCAAGUCGGCCGGCCGCGAGGACAAAGACACCUGGUCCUUCCACAAACGGCGGUUCACGAUGGGAAUCGGCUUCGCUAUCGCUGCUUUUCGCCGUGCGAGGCGCGCUUGCAGACGGGCUGCCUCCCUAGCGGCCAGAUCUCGGAUCAGCACUCGCAGGACGGGAAUCGAGGACGCCAUGAUGGUCACGGCCGUCUCUGCCGCAGCCCACGACGCCAGGUCCCCGCUGCCAUCUGUUGUAUUAUGUCGGUCACGGUUAGAGAUCCUGGAAAGCACCUCAAUCGGCAGCAGAUCAGCGAAGCGACUGCCGCACUAUCGGGGCUGGCUCACCUGUGAGGUCGAUGCUUGGAUGUUCCAGCACUCGGAAGUACGAUGCCUUGACGAACGCCAUUGCGCCAGCUCUUUUUCAUCGUUUUUGUUAGGUCAUGCCACAUGGGCGGAAGAAAUAGGAGACAGACUUACACAAUUCCCAUACUCAUUGCCAGCGCCACCCCGAUCUUUUCCUUGAUGCUCAGCUCAAGGCCGUUCGCGCUCGCCCUCAAUUUGAGCAGGAUCGGCCACGGGAGGAGAGCCAGUAUGAUAUCAACCAAGCCAGAGUAGACUAUUUUAUAUCCGUCAGUUCUGCG